UUUUGGGCGUGGCCCAGGUUCGGACCCAGAGCCUUAUUUGUAAUAGGAGCCCUAAUCUAAAAACACAAUAGGACAGAAACACGACAAGGUUUUACAACAUCAUGGCUACAAUCAUGUCACAACUCAACUUGAAGAUGAUGGGUUCGAAGCACGACAAGGUUUUAGCGUACCCCUCUUGCUGCACAAGACAAGUAACAUCAUCUGUCAAUUUUGCCAGGUCUUUGAGUCACAAUAUUUAUUCUAACUCAAGGCUGCUAAGUACUGCUUAUCAAUCUUGUACUAGUAGCAGUUUAAGAGAAAAUUAUUAUUGUAAUAAUGUUGCUGAUCCUUUUGCUGCUGAAAAAGUUGUGAUGAUGAUGAAGCCUAGUGUUGGUAAAUCUACUAACCCUGGUCCUAGUAUUCGAGAUUUUGUUGAUACGAUAUCUCGAAUUUUGGCAUCCUUAUUGACAUAUGGUGUAGUUUUUACUUUCUUAACUGUGCCUGCAUGCUUUUAUGCUUCAAAUUCUGCAUGGGCUGUCUCAUCUGGUAGAAUUGGGGGCUCUUCCUCCUCCUCCUCCUCCUCCUCCUACGGUUCAUCAUCAUCCUCCUAUGGUUCAUCAUCAUCGGGUUCGUAUUAUUACUCGGAUGAUGAUGAUGAGGGUUAUUCUAAGAAAGAUGACUCGAGCAUUACACAUACCUGUACUUGUGAUACCAGUUGUACAAAGUGCAUUGAUUGCCAGAUUAGGAAAAAUGGAAAACAAGAGAAACAAGAAGAAGAAAACAAGUCUAGCACUAAUUCCUCCUGUUCUUGCAAUUGCCACUCUACUUGUUAUUUCCACAAAAAACCCGACUUUUUACUUGAUUUACAAUUACGAGUAAUAGUAGCUUGUUUUCUUUUUUCUGCAAUAGCUAAUGUAUAUGUUGAUAUGGAAGAGCAGAAAGCUGAUGACGAGACAAUGCUCAUUUUUCAGGUUGGAGUUUUGGAUAAGAAAAGGAUAUUGCAAAGAAACCUUAACAACAUAGCUAAAAAUGCAGAUACAUCCACCGCGUAUGGUCUGAACUGCACAUUGAAAGAGGUGGUAAAAGCUCUUCUUCAACAUGAUAAUUCGUCUUUGAAGUUUCACGAUCUAUCUCUUGAGUAUCAAACUUAUCUAACAAGGGGGAGCUUAGACAAGUCUUUUAAAAAAAAUCUCAAUGAGCUGCUUGAGGGAUUCGCCGGAGGCGGUAUUACAUUGGGGAAUGUAAACGGUGUAAAAUAUAGGGAGCGAAUUAAAGUUAACAGGAGAGUUGACAAUGAAUAUACAAUGGUUACAGUUAUGGUGCUUGCUACUGGUCACUACUUGAUUCCUAAAAAAAAGAGAAGGGAAGAAAGUACUUUGACUCCCUCGCAGUGUUGCAAACACUUCAACAUAUCCCAAAAAACCAAAUACAGUCUGUUGAAGUAUUCUGGUCACCACAAAAAGAAGAUGAGGUUCUGUCGGAGGAAGAUAUACGAAGAUGUACUAAAAUGGCACCAAUAGAAGAUGGUCGUAUCUUCCUCAUUUGAUUAUCUCUAGCAUUACUAUACCUCUAGAUAAUUAAGGUUAAGAGGUUUAGACCUUUACGAGACAAGGUUUUCCUUGUACAAAUUCAUUUUAGGAUAAUUAUGCAAAUAAAAGAAGACCUCAGCUUGUGACAUUAUACUUUAACAGAUUUAUGUGUGCAUUGCCUUUCCGUAAAUAUGUGAACUGUUUUUUAGCCAA